UCGACCAAUAGCACAUUGCCAGCGCCGGCAGCAGCAGCAGCAGUCUUACCGGGGGUUUGUUUACAUGUAGCUGCUGUCUGACACCUACCUGCUGCCCAUGACACCCAUGACUGCUUUCUCCUGAAGUGUACACCUGGCUGGCUGCUUCUUCACGCCUCUGCUGUUGGUGUGUACAUAGCCACAUGUUGGUUGAGUGAGGGAUCAGGGACACGCACGACGCCGGGAUGGGUCGCACUCAGGCCAAGACUAUGUCCAGCAUGUCCAGUCCCUUAGGGGUGAAGAGCUUGUUGGUGUUCACGGUGCUUAUGUUGGCCUGGCUGGCUGGCUUCCUCUCCAGGCUCUUCGCUGUCAUACGUUUUGAGAGCAUCAUUCAUGAGUUUGACCCUUGGUUCAACUACAGAGCAACAGCUCAUAUGGUCACGAAUGGGUUUUAUAAUUUCCUUAAUUGGUUCGAUGAGAGAGCCUGGUACCCUCUUGGGAGGAUAGUAGGAGGCACAGUGUACCCAGGGCUCAUGGUCACUUCUGGAAGUAUACACUAUAUACUAAAUUUACUCAACAUCCCAGUACAUAUUAGGGAUAUAUGCGUCUUCUUAGCACCCAUUUUCAGUGGUCUAACAGCAAUUGCAACCUACUUGUUAACCAAAGAGAUUUGGUCACCUGGAGCUGGCCUGUUUGCUGCCUGCUUUAUUGCUGUUGUUCCUGGCUACAUCAGUCGAUCAGUGGCGGGUAGUUAUGACAAUGAGGGUAUUGCCAUCUUUGCCUUGAUGUUUACUUAUUUCCUUUGGGUAAAAUCUGUGAAAACUGGAAGCUUGUUUUGGUCUUCAUUAGCUUCACUCUCCUAUUUCUAUAUGGUGAGCGCUUGGGGUGGUUAUGUCUACAUCAUCAACCUCAUCCCGCUCCACGUAUUUGCCCUCAUACUCAUGGGACGGUUUUCCCACCGUAUCUACACUGCAUAUACAACCUUUUAUAUCCUGGGGCUGAUUUGCUCUAUGCAAAUCCCAUUUGUUGGCUUUCAGCCAAUAAGGACCUCUGAGCACAUGGCAGCAGCGGGUGUGUUUGCUCUUCUGAAUGCAGUAGCUGUGCUGAAGUAUUUGCAGAGUGUGAUGACCCAGGCAGAAUUCAGACAUUUCUUCCUUGUGGCUGCUGGAACAGCAGCUGGUGCUGUAUUCUUGGCUGUGGUGGGGCUCACCUGGAUGGGUGUUGUAGCUCCAUGGAGUGGCAGAUUUUAUUCUCUUUGGGACACUGGAUAUGCCAAGAUUCACAUUCCUAUCAUAGCAUCUGUAUCAGAGCAUCAACCCACAACAUGGUUCAGCUUCUUCUUUGACUUGCAUAUUCUUGUAGCUACCUUUCCUGUAGGGAUAUGGUACUGCAUUAAAAAUAUAAAUGAUGAGAGAGUCUUUAUUGUAUUGUUUGCAGUGAGUGCAGUCUAUUUUGCUGGUGUUAUGGUUCGUUUGAUGUUGACACUUACUCCUGUGGUCUGUGUAUUAGGUGGAAUUGCCUUCUCACGCCUCUUUGAAGUCUACUUGAAGGAGGAGGAGCAAUCUCGUCCACAGAGUGGAGACUCCAGUGAUGAUGAGGAUGAAGGAGAAAAAAAUAACAAAUAUGACAAAGCUGGAAAAUUGCGCAAAAUGAAGCAUGAACAGCAGGCAAGCAAUGAUGGCCUAGGUGUCAACAUACGUAGUAUGGUGAUUGUGGCAGUAUUGAUGAUCCUCAUGAUGUUCUCCGUCCACUGCACAUGGGUCACUUCCAAUGCUUAUUCUUCACCUUCAAUAGUUCUAGCAUCAUACAGCCAAGAUGGGAGCAGACAAAUUUUGGAUGAUUUUCGUGAGGCUUACUAUUGGUUGGCGCAAAACACCGACACUGAUGCACGAGUGAUGUCCUGGUGGGAUUAUGGCUACCAGAUUGCUGGGAUGGCAAAUAGAACUACUCUAGUCGAUAAUAAUACUUGGAAUAAUUCACACAUAGCCCUGGUAGGAAAGGCCAUGUCCUCCAAUGAAACUGCUGCUUAUGAUAUAAUGACCGCACUAGAUGUGGACUAUGUACUUGUGAUAUUUGGUGGAGUCAUUGGAUACUCGGGUGAUGAUAUCAACAAGUUCCUCUGGAUGGUGAGGAUUGCUGAGGGAGAACAUCCAAAAGAUAUCAAAGAGAGUGAUUAUUUUACUGAUCGUGGAGAGUUUAGAGUGGAUUCCCAAGGUUCAUCAACACUCUUAAAUUGUCUCAUGUACAAGCUAUCUUACUAUAGAUUUGGAGAAUUGAAGUUGGACUUCAGAACUCCUCCUGGCUUUGACCGCACUCGUAACACUGUAAUUGGCAACAAGGACUUCAAAUUGACAUAUUUGGAGGAGGCUUAUACUACAGAGCACUGGUUGGUGCGAAUCUACAGAGUUAAAAAACCUGACGAGUUCAACCGACCGCGCAUCCCAGUGUCACAGAGGAAGGUGAAGCGAAGGAAUGUCUACCUCACUAAAAAGAUGUUGAAAAAACGUGUAUAUACACUUGGACCAUUUAAGGGUUAAGGCUGCAAAAAAGAUGAAAGCAAAGGUAAAAAUAACACUGAACUGGAAUGAGCAAAACAUUAACAUAAAGGUGAAUUCCUUAAAAGGGGUUAAAAAAUGGACAAGUCAAUUAAUAUUGUCAAAAGUUAAGAGGCAGGGAUAAGAGCUGGAGCUUUCCCUUCCCCUCUUCUUACCAAAUAACAAAGUAUAGGUAAAGGGAUGCAUAACUGACAGACCACACUAGGUAGUUGUCUUGCCUAUCUGCAUGCCUGGAAAUUGUUCUUUUUCUAUUGAUAAGACCUGUUGUUGGCUAGCUCAUUUUGUAGGCUAGCAGAAAGAAUAUUGAAUUCUUGGUUAUGGUAUUUAAGUCAUUUGUUAGUACUCAUUUUCAGUACAGAUUUUACAAACUACUUAGCAAUAUAGAUCUCUAUGAUUACAAUUUGGUACAGUACUGUAAUACGAUAAGAAAUGCCUUGCACUCGUGUAACCCUUUAGUUCUCUUGACACUAGUGUUUGGGUGUCAAGCAUAAACACUCAAAGCACUCUCUCUUUAUCACAUGGCUUUUGUAACUUCUGUACUUUUCAACUGUAUAUAGUCUCUGGAAAUUGGUAUGCCAUCGCUUAAGUGUGAUAAAUCUUCAUCUACUGUUCUUUUGUCAGCACAUUCAUAUGUUUGUAAUAAAAAUGAGUUUAGUGAUAAUAUGCCAAUCGUAAUGUUGUUAAUGGAAUUCUUCUACGAUCAUUAUUGAUCC